GUUUCAUAAAGUAUGUGGUCUCACUGUCAGAGGCAGAAAGAGUAAUUUUAACAGGGACAGAGAAACAGAAGGCAACCAGACUCACAGAGACCAGCCCAUUGGAUUAGCAUGAUGGGUUGUAAUGUGAUUCUUCUGCUGAAAUGUCUACUGAUUUCAGAGUUUCACAGUCACUGUUCAAGCCUUUCACAUCCAUACCAUUUUGUAAACAUAAACCUGAACUGGACUGACGCCCAGGCUUACUGCAGACAGAACUACACUGACUUGGCUACCAUUGACAAUAUGAAGGAGAUGAAAAGACUAAUUGAGUCUGUAGGCUCUGAUUAUACUGGGCAGGCUUGGAUAGGACUGAAGAAAGGAACAUCAUGGAGAUGGCAUUGGUCCUCAGCAGAAGGAGAGACUGGGUACACCAACUGGGCAGCAGGUCAACCAGACGACUGGGAUAAUAAUGAGUAUUGUACUGAAUUCAAAGACGAUGGUAAAUGGAAUGAUAUUUCCUGUUCAUCACAGACUGAUAAAUGGUAUUUCUUCUGUUAUACUGCUCCCACCUGUAAAGACGGAAUAAAUGCUACCUGGAACUUCACCUUGAUUAACCAAAAUAUGAAUUGGUCUAGUGCUCAGAACUACUGCAGACACAGUUACACAGACCUGGCCACUGUGAGGAAUAAAGAAGAUAAUGACUUGAUAAAUAAAAUGGUUACAAGUGGCACUUUCGCAUGGAUUGGUCUGUUCAAUGACACAUGGGAAUGGUCAGACCUGUCAAACUCCUCAUUCCGUAACUGGAAAAUGGGUCAAAAAGAUAAUAAGAAUAACGCAUGUGCUUUAGCACAGGUCACCUGGCCUGGGACAUGGGAUAUGACACCAUGUGAUGAAAAGCAUCCAUUCAUAUGCUAUGAUGAUAACCUGAUUCUGGUAAAUAGUAACAUGACCUGGAAUGAAGCCCUAAAUUACUGCAGAACGCACCAUUCAGAUCUGGCGUCUGUCCACAAUGAGGAGAUCCAGUACUGGGUCAGUAGGAUGGCUGAGAAGGCCUCCACUGAUCAUGUCUGGUUGGGGCUGCGCUUCUCCUGCUACCUGAACUUCUGGUUCUGGGUCAGUGCAGAAAAUGUCUGCUACCAGAACUGGGCCCCAAACAACAUAUCCAACAGUAACUUCUGUGGAAACACAGGGGCAGUACAAUCUAAAGACCCACAUUACUGGGUCAGCCUGCCUGAAACUAAGGAGCUCAACUUCAUCUGCACCAAAAUUCAGGCUGGUCCAGGAAGACAGUACCUGCAGGAAUUGUCAAAUUGUAUAAAUGUGUAACGUUUUUGCUUCCUCUGUUUCUGCUGUAGAAUUAGAGUUGAAACCCCUGCUCUUGAUCUCCAGCACUCCAGAUUCAGAAUCAUAUAUGAUUAGAAGAAUUAGAAUUUAGUGAUUAAUUAUCAUUGUUGACACACCACAGCACCACAAGAAAAUGUGUUCUCCGCAUUUAACCCAUAUGUGACAUAGCAGGGGGCAGCUAAUUCAGCUAAUACAUGCCUGGGGACAGCACCUUGCUCAGGGUGCCUCAGUAGUGCCUUGCUGGUUGGGGAUUUGAGCCUGCAGUCUUCCAAUUACAAGUACACGUCCCUAACCAUUAAGACACCAAUGCACAUCUGAACAGUGGUGUCAGACAAUGGGUAAUGUUGCA